AUACAGGGGUGUCGUGCGGACAACAGGAAUUUACUUGUUCCGAUCGGGUUUGCAUCCCGUUGACCCAGAGAUGCGAUGGGAAAAGCGAUUGCAACGACGGAUCUGACGAAGUUGGAUGCCCUCAGGCAUGCCGGGAGGAUCAGUUCAAGUGCAAGAACGGGAAGUGCAUCGAUUUGAGUCUGAGGUGCAAUUCGGUCAUCAACUGCAUCGACGGAUCCGACGAACUCGGAUGCCUCGAUUUUUGCCUUCUCGGUCCGUCGUCGGACUCUCGGCUGAAUGCGAGGAACUCGAUGAUGCAGCGUGUGCGGAGGGGAAGUUCACGUGCGGGAACGGGGCGUGCAUCGACGCGGAUCGGCGCUGCGACACCGUCGAGGACUGCGAGGACGGGUCCGACGAGGUCGAUUGUAAAGGGAAGUUCACGUGCGGGAACGGGGCGUGCAUCGACGCGGAUCGGCGCUGCGACACCGUCGAGGACUGCGAGGACGGGUCCGACGAGGUCGAUUGUAAAGUCGCGUGUGGGGUGGGUCAGUUCGUGUGCGACGUUAAUCGCUGCAUCGAUGGCGAACGUCGCUGCGACCGCGUCUACGACUGUCAGGACCGGACCGACGAGGACUUCUGUCCGUGUGCGGAGGGGAAGUUCACGUGCGGGAACGGGGCGUGCAUCGACGCGGAUCGGCGCUGCGACACCGUCGAGGACUGCGAGGACGGGUCCGACGAGGUCGAUUGUAAAGUCGCGUGUGGGGUGGGUCAGUUCGUGUGCGACGUUAAUCGCUGCAUCGAUGGCGAACGUCGCUGCGACCGCGUCUACGACUGUCAGGACCGGACCGACGAGGACUUCUGCCGUAAGAGCCUCUCUUCCUCUGAGAUUCCGUCGAGCCUUAGUCAUAAAGUAACCGACUAA